AUGGGAUCCGAGGCUUUCCGGAAACUGAAUGAUAAAGUUUUCCCGGAACGGCAAGUCAAAAGUCUGCCCUACGAAGAGAUCACCAAGAUCCUCAAAACGGUGUACGAACCAGAACUCAAUGUUUGGUCAUCACGAAUCUCGUUGAACCAACGCGAUGUCAGCAUGGAAAUCGACACGGGAAGCGGAAUCUCCACAAUGACAUUGGAUGCUUUCCGCUCGAUCGCACCGAAACACCGGCUACAGAAGAAUGACCUCUGCCUGAAGACAGCUACCGGAGAGAACUUCGAACCGCACUCGUACGCGGAGGUCGAAGUUUCUUACAAGGGCGUAACAAAAAUUCUACGCUUGUAUCUCAUGCGAGAGGCCGUCUUCCCGACGCUGAUGGGACGCGACUGGAUUCGUCAGCUCCCUAUCGACUGGACAUCAUUGCUCAACACCCAGAGUGUUCAUAACUGCAAACAAGCUACGGAUACAACGCCACGAGACUUCAAAGAAAAAGCAGAGAGCCUACUCAAAAAGUAUGGCAACUUGACCAAGCCUGGCAUAGGUUGUAUUCCAUCAACAGAAGCCACGCUGGAACUGACCACAGAAUCGCCGAAACCCCUCUACGCCAGAGCUCGACCAGUCGCACACGCGAUCAUAGAAAUGACCAACAACGAACUCGACUUCCUCGAGAAGAACGGAGUCGUACAAAGAGUCAACGCAAGCGAUUGGGCCCAUCCAAUGGUAAUCGUACCGAGAGCUCAGGGCCGUAAGGUCAGAAUUUGUGGAGACUUCAAAGCCGGCAUAAAUCGACACAUUCGAAUCGAUGAGCAUCCGCUCAAGAACAUCCGUCAUGCGCUUGACAAUAUAGGGAACGGUACAAAGUUCUCGAAGCUCGACAUCUUCUCGGCCUUCUUGCACAUGCCAGUCCGAGAAGCCGAUCGGAAAUUUCUGGUAGUAAACACACACCGUGGACUGUACCGAUUCAACAGGAUGACAAACGGGCUUGCAAGCGCCCCAGCGAUAUGGCAGAGGUUUAUCGAAGGCAUCCUCGGGGGAAUCGAAGGAGUAGAAUGCGUAAUGGACGACAUUAUCGUCACGGGCCCGACAGACGAUGAGCAUCUAAGAAGGUUGGAAUCAGUGUUGGCCCGACUCGACCAGAACGACAUCAGACUCAACCCCGAUAAAUGCGCAUUCUUCGAAGAAUCCGUAACGUAUUGCGGGUUUCGCUUGAAGCACCAGGAAAUCCAGAAAUGCAACGAGAAGGUAGAAGCGAUCAGGCAGGCGCCAUCUCCGAAAAACGUCGGAGAGCUCAGAUCAUUCCUUGGUAUGAUCCAAUUCUAUGCGAGUUUUGCUUCAAAGCUCGCCGACAUUGCAGCUCCCUUGUACUCUCUUCUGAAGUCCACUGUCAAAUUCGUUUGGUCCGACAGGAUGGAAGAAGCGUUCGCAAGGGUGAAGCAAGAGUUGUGCUCACCUCGGAUACUCGUGCCGUUUGACCCUCAGAAACCUAUCAUUCUGGCGACAGAUGCAUCUCCAUACGGCAUUUCGGCUGUUCUUUCUCAUCAAUUCCCGGACAAGUCGGAAAGACCCAUUGCGUUCUAUUCCCGAGUGCUCACGGAAACGGAAAAGCGAUACAGCCAGAUAGACAGGGAGGCGUUAGGAAUUAAGGUGGGAGUCGAAAGAUUUUUCUACUACAUAUUUAGUCGAAAGUCCACUCUAGUUACGGACUCGAAGCCAUUGUCUCAAAUCUUCGCCCCCGACAAAUCCUUGCCUCCAUUGUCAGCGACCCGUAUGCAGCAUUACGCUGUGUUCCUCACGAAUUUCAACUUCGAUAUCGUAUACAGGUCAACGAGAUUGCACGGAAACGCUGACGCGUUGUCUAGGCUGCCGCUCCAGAACGAGCAGCCCAUAGCACCCGAUCUCAUCAAUGAAUUUGUCGUCCAUCAGAUUCAGGACACACCAUUGCGUUUCGAAAUAAUUGCCAAAGAAACGAGAACCUGUGAGGAACUGAAACCGCUGUGGCUAAAGCUCCAAGCAGCUGGGCAAUCGCAUCGGAAUUCAAAACACUUCGGAAUCGACCUCUGUGAGUUCAGCACAUACCACGACGGAGUCAUCUUGAGAGGGCACAGAGUCGUCGUCCCGAAAACCUGCCGUCAGAAGAUACUCAAGGAACUUCACGAGGGCCAUUACGGCUCUGAGAAAAUGAAAAGCCUGGCUCGACGAUACGUGUGGUGGCACGGCAUAGACAGAGAUAUCGCCAACAUAACCCUGUCAUGCACAGCGUGCCUCACGCACGCUCGGAACCCUCCAAGAGAAGUGAUUCACAAUUGGGAACCACCGGCGACCCCCUUCCAAAGAAUUCACUUGGAUUACGCUGGCCCAGUUCAAGGCAAAUACAUCUUACUGAUAGUCGAUGCCUUCAGCAAAUGGCUGGAAGCGUUCAUAACGCCGAACAAAACUACGGCAACUACUCUGAUCCAUCUUCGAGAAACGAUCGCACGGUUCGGAAUACCUCAAGUCAUGGUUACGGACAACGACCCCACGUUUGUGUCGGGGGAGUUCAACAAUUUCUGCGAAGUAAACGGCAUAAGACACAUGACUUCUCCGCCGUAUCACCCAGCCUCAAAUGGUCAGGUAGAACGCUACGUCGGGUCAAUGAAAACAGCUUUGAAGAAGCUAUCAUCGGAAUCCGGUAAUCUCGCGUCAAGCCUUUCGCUAUUCUUGUACAGACAGCACAUGAUGCCCAGCGCCACGGGUUUCAGCCCGGCCGCACGCAUGCUCAAUCGAGAACUGAGAUCGAAGCUGGACCUGCUGAAGAAAAACCGUCAAGGGUCGAAGCAAGCGGACCUCCGAAAUUCGCCGUGGGGGAAACGGUUAUGGCAAGAAACUAUCACUCGGCAGGACCGAAAUGGGUUCCAGGAAAAAUCUCGAAAAAUUGUGGCACCAGGAUCUGCGAAGUAG